AGCCGCCAUAACGGGGAAGGAGUGGCCCAAGGAUUGAAGGAUUCAGAGGGCGGGGGGACUAACCAAUAGCAGCGGUUUAUCUGUGCAGCUCGAUGCAUACGAGUUAAGUGCUGCCUAACUGCUUCAUCGUAUCUUUCGGUCGCCAGAUCCAGGCGCUUUGUCUCGAUAUCCUCAGAAAAGGCUGAUUCCAUUGUCCGGGCCAAAUAGCAGGCGAAAACCUCAGGUUGGCUUCUCGCAGCACCAGCAAGCAUGCCGUCACCAGACGAAGCCGCGUCCGACGGCUACUUCAAUGACCUUACACAACAACUCCCCGACCAGCCCAAUCAGUCGCAACAACCAAAGUCCAAGCGUGUAGCUUGUGUUCUGUGUCGCAAACGUAAGCUCCGUUGCGACGGAGCGAAACCAUCUUGCGCGACAUGUAGCCGACUAUCUCACAACUGCGCCUACGAUGAGGUGCGAAAGAAGAGCGGGCCCAAGAGGGGUUAUGUCAAAGAGCUGGAAGCCAGACUGGCCCAAGUCGAAACACUUCUCAACACUCAUGCUGCUGUCGAGAUGCCGCUGAAUGCCAUCGACCAACCCGUCAUCAAUGGCGAAGAUCUGCCAGACUUUGGCGGCAUUGACCCUGAGCAGACGCGUCUGAUGCAGGAGAUGCAUGUUGGCCAUUCUCCGCCUGCAAGCAGCAGCGCCAUGCCCGGCACACGACUGCCCUCAAUGUCCGACGGCUACGAUGCCGAGCUUCCUCAACUCUGGAAGGGCGAUAUCGAUCCCCAAAUCCCGACAUGGGCUCCCAAUCUCUCUCUGCUUUCCACAGGCAUGGAAGAACCCCUGCCACCUCCAGAGGUAUGCGCCGACCUGACAAGCAUCUUCUUCGAGCGCUGUCAUCCUUCUGCUCCGCUCUUACAUCGACCUCGCUUCCUCAUGGCCAUGCAGAACACAUCGCCUGCGGUACGUCCUCGCUUAUCUCUCCAAUACGCCGUCUGGACCUUGGCUGCAAGCGCUCAUCCUAAGUACGAAGAUAUGGUCGACACUCUGUACCGCCGUGCACGUCACUAUCUCGAGCGCGACGAGAUGUUCGGUGUUGGUGAAAGGAUGAUCAACCUCGCUACUGUUCAAGCCUGGCAGUGCAUCUCUGCUUACGAAUUCAAGAUGAUGUACUUUCCUAGAGCUUGGCUCAGUACUGGAAGGACGAGUCGUCUCGCUCUGAUGAUGGGUCUGCAUCGUGUUGAUGGCCCGAAUAUCGAUGUCAAGCAAUGCUUGCCCCCACCAAAGGACUGGAUCGAAAGGGAGGAGAGAAGACGUUUGUUCUGGCUAACCUUUGCUGGUGAUCGCUACGCGAGUAUUGGUACUGGCUGGCCCAUGACCAUUGAUGAGAGUGACAUCUACACUGAUCUGCCUUCCUCUGAGGAAGCCUUUGAGUAUGGCAACCCGGAGCCUUCAAUGUCUCUGCAGGAAGCUCUCACCCCUGGCGGUGCUGACACGUUGUCUUCUUGUGGUUCUGUGGGUGUCAUAUCCGCUCUCUUUGGUCGCAACUUGUUGCAUCUACACCGACAAACUCCUGAUCAGAACGAUGGCGAUGUGAACGGUGUAUUCUGGAAACGUCACCGACAGAUGGAUGGUACAAUCCUCACACUACUACUUGGGCUACCUGAAUCAUUGCGACUACCGCUCGCCGCCUCCGAUCCAAAGGUCGUCUUCAUGAACAUGUGUGUGCACACUUCCGUCAUCUGCUUACAUCAAGCGGCAAUCUUCAAGGUGGAGAAGCAUUCGCUGCCCGCCAAACUUGCUGCUGAGUCAAAGAUGCGCUGCUUGACUGCUGCAGCUGAAAUUUCGAGUUUGAUGAAGAUGACGAGUCACCUGGAUAUGGCUCAAGCGAAUCCGUUCAUGGCUUUCUCUCUCUACGUGGCUGCCAGAGUAUUCGUCCAGUACCUGAAGUCACGACCUCGCGACGAUACUGCCCGAGGAUCCCUACAUUUCCUGCUUUCUGCUCUCCAAGCCAUGAAAAAGACCAAUCCUCUAGCCGAAUCCUUCAUCGCACAACUAGACGUGGAUCUAGAAGUCGCAGGCCUCGAAGAACUCCGCUCUCUUCGCGUUCGAGCAGCUCGCAAAGCCCAAGCUCAAGCCAAUGCCAACAUGUCAUGCCCUUACGCCGAGAGUAACACCAAGAACGGCGGUAGACCGACUUUCGGUGAUGAUGGCCUAGCUAAACACACAAACCCUAGAGGCAGCGGAAACCAUCCUUCUGGUGGCAACUUCCCUCCGGAGAUUGCGGAAAUGAUGCAACAACACAGUGGGAACUUCAAAGGAAUCUUCCCCGUGAGAAUGAACAUUUCUUCUGAUUCCUCGACGGCACAUACAUCGCCUCAGACAUUGGACAGCAGUGAUGGCGAUGUGAUGGAAUUAUGCAACACUGGUGUCUCCCCAUCCGAUUCAUCCUCGUCCUCACAACCAGCCAAUCACUCCGCCGUCGUAUUCCGGCAAUCAAGUAACAACUGGCAACCCCUCGGCCAAUCCCAACAACAGUCUCCCGAACUCCUCUACGCCACCCAACCACCACAACAAUCACCCCAAUUCAACCAACAACAAACCCAAACAUCCCAACAACAUCAACCCACUAUUUUCGGUAACAUACAAGAUACACCAAUGUCUACACUACUACCACCACAUUUGUCAGAGUUUGGCAAUACGGAAUUCUUGAAUUUCAGCAAGACGGCUAGUGCGACGGUGUUGGAAUUGGGUGCUGUGGAUGAAGGGCAGCUUUUUCAACUCAGUGAUGCCGAGUGGGGGCAGGUUAUGGGGGAGUUUGGGGAUGAUCUUGGUGGUGGUGGGAGCAUGGGGGAGUUGCAGUGGGAGAGUGGGGUCAGAGGGGCUUUUGGCAGUUGAAAUUGAGCAAAGGGUAGGAAGGUUAUGGGGGGAGCGAAGAAGGUAGAAAGGGUGGGGAUUUUGGGCAAAUGUGUGUGUUUUUUCUUUUUUGGGUAUACCAUUUGGAGAGAUUUGUAUUAUAUGGAAGGGAUAUUGGACAGGUUUGGAGAUGAGGGAAAGGAGCUAUUUUUGGGAGAAUGUUUGUUUUUUUAUAGCUCUCUACUCGUUAUAUAGUGUGCGUUUUUUUUUAUAUUCAUGAAUGUAAUGAACUAUGAUAGCUUUUUUUCCCACUCU